UCUCAGCAGUUGGCAUCUCUGAGCCUGACUGGUCUCCUCGUGGAGGAAUCCAAGAACCGAGACCGCCAUUCACACAAUGCGGAGUCUCCCACCGGUAACAUGAACAACUCAGGUGACACACGAUUUCAUGGUUCACGGCGGUCCGUACUUUUUGCUAUUUAAACUAAUAGCUGCAUAACCCACGGACGUUUCCUUUGGAAGGACUUUCCAGAACUACAACGGCAGUUUUUAAAAUUUCUUCCCCAGAUCAAAUCUCUUCCUUCGGUCUACGGGGAGGCUGAUACCGCAAGGAAAUCUGGGGAGCGUAGUUCUGGUUUGGAACAGGCAAGACUUCGGCGCGCUGAGCAGGAACAUUUCUGGAGGAAGUAGCUGGGCGAGCGAAGACGGCGAGACCAUUUUCCGCAAACGUCGCUCCCGGGCGCGCCUGCGCGAUGGGCGGGGGCGUGGCUUCACUUUCCCAUGCGAUUGGCCAGGUGUCUUCCAGGCACGCGCAGACAGCUCUUUCUACACCACCACCCCCGCCCCGCCUUCGCACGGUGCUCUGGGAGUUGUAGUUCAGACUCCUGCCCUAACAGGGCCGCGGGUCGUCGGUUCGGACGUCUGAGACCGUCCCGGCCUUCGGCUCUGGGCUCAGAGGAUGGAUUCAGGACCCGGGACCGACGCGGCGCCCCUGGCUGGCCUGGUCUGGUCGUCGGCUUCCGCGCCUCCGCCGCGGGGAUUCAGUGCGAUCUCCUGCAGCGUGGAAGGGACGCCCGCCAGCUUCGGCAAGAGCUUCGCGCAGAAAUCUGGCUACUUUCUGUGCUUCAGUUCUUUGGGCAGCCUAGAGAGGCCUCUGUGUCCAAGAAGAAACGCAUGUGUGUGAAGCUGGUGCCGCUGGGGGCUGCAGACACAGCUGUGUUUGAUGUCCGGCUGAGCGGGAAGACCAAGACGGUGCCCGGAUACCUGCGAGUAGGGGACAUGGGAGGCUUUGCCAUUUGGUGCAAGAAGGCCAAGGCCCCAAGGCCGGUACCGAAGCCCCGAGCCCUCAGCCGGGACAUGCGGGGCCUCUCCCUGGACCCACCUGCCCAGCCCGGCAAGGGCGGCCUUCCCGAGCGGACCCUGUCCAGGGUUGGCUCUCGGGCCUCUACUCUGCGGAGGAGUGACUCCAUCUACGAGGCCUCCAACCUCUAUGGCAUCUCAGCCAUGGAUGGUGUUCCCUUCACGCUGCACCCGCGCUUUGAGGGCAAGAGCUGCGGCCCCCUGGCCUUCUCUGCCUUUGCUGAUCUGACCAUCAAGUCACUGGCGGAUAUUGAGGAGGAGUAUAACUACGGCUUUGUGGUGGAGAAGACUGCGGCUGCGCGCCUGCCCCCCAGCGUUUCGUAGCCCCCGUCAGCCCCAGGGCAGAGCCCGGAACCGACGCCCCCGACACCCCGGGACUGGCAGCCACCCGCCCCACAGCAUCUGGGGAACCAUGGCAGCGCAGGGCAUUUAGACCCUCAGCCACCCUGCGGAGCGACAGCCCUGGAGAAGGGAGCAGGACCAGUCAGCUUGGUGAUGGGUGAUGGGGUCUCUCGCCCCGGGCCCUGCGGGGCAGGGGUGGGGGCUGGACAGAAACCAGUGCCUUCAAGUCCUUUGUGUCAAAACUCUCUGGUGCCCGGAGGCCAUGCGGGCAUCCUCCCGGCAAUAAACACGGCCCUGUGCUCCCGUCUGGA